AUGUUACGUCUAGUAAUACUGACAAUCCUUCUACAACAAGCCUACUCCAUCUGCAAUGUCCCGCCUGACUUUUGGUGUGAAAACCCUCAAAUUGCAUUGGAAUGUACUGGAUCUCUGGACUACUGUUCGAACUACGUUAGGAAUCAAAAGGAUCGUAAAAUAAAGAUUGAGCUAUCUUUUGAAGCCGCUUGUCCGGAUUCGAGAGGAUUCAUUCAAAGGAUCUAUCCACGACUCCUGGCACAGCCAUUUUUGUAUGACAAAGUUGACUUCCAACCAAUUGCCUGGGGGCUGUCCAAGUACGAAGAAGGUAAGAAUUUAACAAAAAAUAAGUUUUACAAUUACUGUUUUGUGUUACGUAUGGGAGCGAAACAAACAAUCAAAUAUUGUACUAAUGUAAUACGUUAUUCAGCAGGAAAACUGAAAUGUCAUCAUGGAACAAGAGAUUGCGUUGGCAACCGGCUCUUGACCUGCUUGAUGAAGCAUAUGGAAGACGAUUUAGAACAACGUGAUCGAGUACUUUACUGUUUUAUGUCAAGGAUGGAAGACAAAGAAUCUGAUCCUACAACUAACAUGUACAAAUGUUUCCAACAAUCCAGCAACAACAUCUUUUCGAUCGUCAUUCAGUAAGUUUAUUUUAUUCUCUCAAAAAGUACUGGUAUAGACUGUUUAAUUUUAAAAACUUUUGGUAUUUCUAUAAUACUUACAAUACGGAAUGACGUUGUUACAUAUAUAAAAAAAUAUCUUUCCUAACUUAAUGUUUUAGACCGUGUGCUAAUGGGCUGGAAGCUACAGUGAGCCAAAAGUACGAUGAGCAAAGGACACAGCAGAUUCUGAAACGCCCCAGAUUUGUCCCUUAUAUUGCCAUCAACGGUAACUCUCACCAACACAUGCAAGCUGCUCAGAUCAUGUUGCCAGAGAAGAUACGGUCGUGGGGAGAAACUUUAGAUGUAAGUCGUAAUAACACCACGUUAUAUUAUUUUUAUAUGUUUAAGUCCUUCACUCAGAUUCAUUUAUUAUAAUUUUUUUAAUUCAGCUAUCAAAGUAAAUUAACUUUCAGAACUACCCAUUAAGCGCAAUUCAUCGCCCAACCCGUUGUAUGACUCCUCCAGAUUACUGGUGUUCAACUCCAGAAGUAACUUCCACCUGCUUUGAUCAGACCUUAUGUACUGCCUACAACAGCCACAUCUAUGGCCAACCAGUCAACUUCAAGUUUAUCUACAAACAGAAUGAUCCUAGAAUCAAGAGUUACUUCGUCGGCUACGUCAAAAAACACUUUACACCAACUGACAGUAUGAGAACUGAGAAUAACACUGGCAAAGUUGUGAUUGAUCUCGACCCGGUACCUGAACCGUUGCAUCAAUGUAAAAGUUCAAGUUGUGCAGAUGCAGCUAUUACUGAAUGUGUUAUUGCCAAGUUGAACGUCGUGGACAAAAACAAUGUUCUUUUGUGUAUGAUAGAGUACGGACCUUCGGCUGACAGGGCUUGGAAUGGCUUUUGCAAAAAAAUGGUGACAACAGCGCUCUCAGACAGCAUCAGGUAAGGUUCAAAACCAAUAUAGGAGGAUAUAAACUAGUUUUUGUAAUGUUGUGGUAGAUGUAAAUAUCUUGAAUUUAACUUUUCUUUCAAUUUUCGGACUGACUCAUUUAAUCCUUUCUAAUCAUAGCUGUUCAAUUACCAAUCACAAAUUUACUUUCUUUCCGAAAUGUGAUUAUUCAGUGUAACACAUUCCUUAUCUGAAGCGACGCCUCUGUGUCUGUCGCGAAUCUUUUGUCCUAAUUUCCAGCAGAAUUCGAUCUUGGAUCGUUAAAUCAGCGAAAAGUACUCUGUUUAAUACCACUUUACACUUUUAAAGCAUUAAAAACCUUAUUUCCAAAACUUUUUCAAACAACCUUAUCUGUUUUGAACACAACUCCAACAGCAUCUGAACUAUCUUAUAAACCCUUAACAACAACUAUCUUGACCUUUUAAUACACUGUGAACCACCUUGAUUACAAUGUUUUGAUUACAGUAAAUGCUCGCGCUCUGCCGAAUGGUAUCAACACUCGAUGAGAAGGACUACGCUACAAUCUGUUUACAAAGUCGAUCUCAGAGUUCGAGACUACCAGCUCAUUGUAAAUGGCCAUAACAUUCCAUCGGCACAAGGCCUAGCACAUAAUUUACAUAAACUGGUGUGUUUGUGGUACAGAGGGCCAGGACACGAUCGUGACAACUGUUACCGAUGUGAUAUUGAACCUACUCAUUGCAUUUAA